AUGUAGCACCUCUGUGUCUCCAGUCUCUGCCGUUAAGACAGCCAUUAUCAGUUACAGCCCGUUGACUUUGGGCCAGAACAAGAGCAGGACUUGAUACCAAGGUGCUGCCUUUCUGCAUUCUAAGGAGUCAUCUCUUUAUUGGACAGUGAUUGGUCCUUGGAAAUACAGAUGACCUGGGUCUUACCUGCACUGUCUCUACUGGCAAACCAUCUCUGGAGCAGUUGUCCACAGGAAUCUGUGAUGUGUGAAUAGAGACCAUUUUUGAAAAGAAUGGAGGAAAAAGCAGAAAGUCCUGAUACUGAUCAAGAAACAAAGGCAGGCAAACACCAUUACUCUUAUUAUUCAUCUGAAUUUGGAACUACACCACAGUCUUCUGGCAGGUCAUCACCAGUUAGUGUUUCUUCACCGGCAAGUAUUAGGGAGGAAAGUCUUAAAAAACAAAUUUCAAAUAGCCAAGUGCAUCAGCAAGCCUGUAUAAAACCAAGCCCUAAGGGUCUACCAAACAGAAAGGGAGCGCGAGUCGGAUUUCGCUCCCAAAGCCUCAACAGAGAGCCAGUUCGGAAAGAUCCUGACCUUGUUACAAAACGGGUGCUUUCUGCCAGACUGCUAAAAAUCAAUGAGUUACAGAAUGAAGUAACUGAACUUCAGGUCAGGUUGGCCGAGCUGCUGAAAGAAAACAAGACUUUGAAAAGGCUUCAGUAUAGACAAGAGAAAGCCCUGAAUAAGUUUGAAGAUACAGAAAAUCAAAUCUCACAGCUUAUUAUUCGUCAUAACAAUGAGAUUACAUCAUUGAAAGAACGCUUGAGAAAGUCUCAGGAGAAAGAGCGAGCAACUGAGAAAAGAGUGAAAGAUACAGAAGGUGAGCUAGUUAGGACAAAAUUUUCGUUAGAGAAACUGAAAAAGAUCUCUGAAGCUAGACACCUACCUGAACGAGAUGAUUUGGCAAAGAAACUAGUUUCGGCAGAGUUAAAGUUAGAUGACACCGAGAGAAGAAUUAAGGAACUAUCAAAAAACCUUGAGCUAAGUACUAACAGUUUCCAGCGACAGUUGCUUGCUGAAAGGAAAAGGGCGUAUGAAGCUCAUGAUGAAAAUAAAGUUCUUCAAAAGGAAGUACAACGACUCUAUCACAAAUUGAAGGAAAAAGAGAGAGAAUUGGAUAUAAAAAAUAUAUAUUCUAAUCGUCUGCCAAAGUCCUCUCCAAAGAAAGAAAAAGAACUUGCAUCAAGAAAAAAUGCUGCCUGCCAGAGCGAUUUUGCAGAUCUGUGUACAAAAGGAGUACAAACCAUUGAGGACUUUGAGCUGGAAGAAUUUUCUAUAACCCCCCAAACAAUUAUGUGUUAUGAAAAUAAAUGGGAGGAUCCUGAACACCUUCCUUUGGACCUUGCAUCUCAAAAGGAAGAUGAGCAUGAAGAAGUAGCACUUUUAAACCCAACUGUGGAAAAAGAAGAAAAAUUCCUUAAAGAUCAAGGAUCCUAUAUUGUAAAACAGGAGGCUGAGAAGCUGAAGAAUGAAUGGGACAGAGAAGAACUUGAUAAAAGUCAAAAAGCAAUGACAUCUCUGUUGGAGAGGAAAGAAGCACCAGAGUUGGAACCUGGAGGGUACCAAAUGGAAAUGUACCAGGUUCAGAACAUUGAUACACUGGAAGAAGAGGAAGAAGAAAGACUGAAGAGAGAAAUGCUACUGGCUAAACUGAAUGAAAUCAACAAAGAACUCCAAGAUUCUAGGAAUCUGAAAAGUCCUUCUCUGCCAUUGCUACCUGAUUUAAAAUCAAAACUGUACUCUCCAGAGAGAGGCUCCAGACCAUCCGUGUUCUCUGAAUCCUCAGAGAGAUUUUUUAAUGGACAUCAUUUGCAAGAUAAUAGUUUUUUUACUCCAAAAGCAGAGGGUCGGAAUCCAGGAAAUGCUAGAAGCCCAGUCUCUCCACAGGGGUUUGCAUUUGGUAGCUAUGUGCCUUCGUUUGCCAAAACACCAGGGAAGUCAAAUCCAUUUGGCCCAAAGAGUAACCUUUUGGAUUUCCAAAGAAACAGUAUGGAAACCCCUAGUAAAGACAAUAUAGAUUUCAUUACAAGAAAAGAGAAGAAAGCUAGUCUGAUGGAACAGCUCUUUGGUGCAAGUGGCAGCAGUACCCUUUCCUCUAAAAGCAGUGACCUGAAUUCUCUAGCCGCCAGCAAAGGAGACUUUGACCCUUCGAGUUUCCUCCCUGGAGAGAAAAGCAGCAGAGUGAGAGAAUAUGAUGAAGAUGAAGACUUUUUCUUCAGUGAAGGGAAAAAUUUGAAUCCAAAUAGACACCGAUUAAAACAUACAAACAAACCAGCAGUAAAAGCAGUUGAUUCUAUAGAAGAUGAAAUUGAAGAAGUGGCACUGAGAUGACUGACUAGAGUAUACAUUU